GAGCAGAAUUAAAACGAUGGCGGAGAAUUGUUAUUCAGUCAAGACAGCGCUUCGUGUAGGAAUAGUGCAGAUAUUAGGCGGCCUAAUAGGUGUCGGUAUUGGCGCAUUUAAUACUAGAGAAGAGGAUCAUCGAGCAUUUUUUAGGUUUAAACCCGAAGGACUCCCAGUGUGGUCUGGAAUAUUGUUUAUUGUUACAGGAGGUGUGGGAUGUCUUAGUUACAAACAUGCCAAAAAAUCAACUAUUCAUUUCUUUCUGAUGUUUUGUAUUUUGACGGUUAUAACAAGUAUCUUGAUGUUCUGGAUCAUUUUGCCACUGAUUGUGUCGGGGAAGCAAGAAGUAUCAUGGAACUUAUUUUUUGGUUCAUUCCUUGGUGUUGUGGCAAUUAUAUUUGUUGUGAGCAUGAAAGGAGCCUUUGUAGCAUUUAAAUCAUCAUUUUUUCAACACAACUGCUGUAUCAAACCUCCCCCCUUACAGCGGGCAGCUGAGCCUGUUGAACUUUCAACAUCUGUUUGUAUGAUGACAUCAACUUCAGUUGCAUCAGAAAACACUCUGGAAGAAAUUAGGCAACAAAGAAGAAUAUCGAGGUCUCAAAGUCAGUCUACUUCCACGCCUCAUCACCACUCACGUCACUCGAACAGACAUCACAGACCAAGGGGACACUCGAGCCGGAGAGGGGUGGAGAGAGAAUCAAGAAUUGCCCGAUACGAUGAACGACCCCCUCCCCCUGCGUACCAGACAAUUAAGUUCCCUUAUCUACCGGCUUACCAAGAGGUGGACGAAUCACUUCCACCCCCACCAUAUACAGAGAAAAAAGAAGACACUUAAAGCUAUUUGACCUCACUUAAUUUGUCACGGAGUCGUUUAGAAGUGGAAUGAUAACUCAGACACUCACGGUUUUGUGAAGUUUCAGAAAGCUGUUACUUUCGUGGAGUAGAAACGAGAAAACGCGUUCAGACAACAUGAGGGAGAGAUUUCGCCUAUGCAGGAGGAACAUGGAAAGAUGGGGCUCUUUAUUCAGUACUCUGGAAUGAUUACAGCACAGACAGAAAACGAGAGAAUGGUGUUUCCUCUCUAAAGUGCCUGUUCACGGUACGUCAGUUCGUCCUGAACGCCCGAGGAACUCUUCUCUUUAACUUCGUAGAUCGAGGUGUCUUGCUGGAAAAGUCACGAUCAUGUGACCUGCAUAUUCUGGCCUCUCGGAGUCGUGUUGUGCACAAUUUCUCCUGCGGUACUCUUGCAAGUGUAAAGUUUAUCACUGCUAUUUGUUGAAUCUUUGUUUAACCUAGCCCACUGACGAGUCUUUCAAGCAAAGAGAACCAAAUUUUUGAGGAUGUGGUGGUUUUUUAGUAUGCGGAAGCUCAGAAAACUGCAUGUUUACGUCUCAACCAAAGUAAAAUUUUGAAUCGCUCGACAUAAAAAAAAAUAGGAAAUCAAAUACCCUCCUCGGAUCUGCAUGAAGUUUUCUGCUGAGUUUCAGUCAAUACUAACUUCUUACUAACUGAGCGUGAGGGCCGUAAAGGGAAAUAUUGGCCCGAGGCUGUUGCAGUAUGGACUGAGCAUGUCCAAUAUUCCCCCAGUAUGGCUCGAGCAAGCGAGGUCAGUAAGUAGGUUAUUAUAUGGCAUUCGAAUCAAGCUUGUUUAUUUUGAAUUUUCUGGCUUUCGUGAACAAAAAUACACGGCUCAUGACUAUUUCCGAGAAAAAUCCUGACCAAUUAAGAACCGGAACGGUCAGAUUUACCUCAGGGCUAACUUGCCAUUUAAUAUUUCUGUCUACUGGGCUGAGCCAAAAUUUUGUGAGAGUCGACAACGUUGCGGUUUUAUGGGAUAACCAAGCUCGUACAUUUCGUCAACUGGAAAACCAACAUGGCUUUUGGAAUCGAUCGACAUUUCUAAACAAGCAUCUGAUACUCUCGACAAGUUUGAAAGAACCUUGAAAUUGAAAUUCAGUGACUACAAGCCUCUUAGUCCAGUUAGGACCGUGCCCGGAUGUUGUGCAUAUCCCAUCAGUCCCUGCCAUCAGUGUUAGUCAGUUAAAUGUCAUCUCAAAUGCACUGUACCUGCUAACUUAGAUCAAAGCCGCUUGAACUGAUCGCCGAUGACAUACAUUCGGAGUAAAUUACAAGUAGGAAAUUUCAAAGAACUCUAAAAACGUUUAAUUCUAUGGAAUCACAAGAUUCCAUAGAAUUAAAUAGAAUUAAAUCUUGUGAUUCCAUAGAAUCACAAGAUUCCAUAGAAUCGUCAUUUCCAACGCAUGUAUCAACGUAGAAUGAACUGCGUUAUUUGUAAAUAACUUUUAAGUGAAAUGCCGUGAAGAAUUUAGUUGCCUUCUCCAAAUAUGGAUACAAAUGUUUUCAAAUGCAUUUUCCAGAGUUCCUAGGUAUUCCUAAAACCUGUAUAUAAUCGAAUCACAACUACAGAAAUCUUCCCUUUCACGUUGUAUUGAGUGUUUGUUCUUAAUAAUUUCUAUUUUCGUACACAUUCGGACGUGGAUUUGUGAUACUGUUACCUCUAAUCAUUAGAACAAAAACUGAUGACCGUCAAAGCUACCUCCCCGCGUCCCCACUGAGAUCCUGAUAUAAGCUACAUGUAAAUGAUCAAGCUAUAGAUAUUGUGCGAAAAACUCACAUAGUAAGGAAGUUCCAUAGCACGCAAAUUUUACUUGAAAGAUAAUUCUUAGUUUAAUGUGAGUGGUUCCUCUUAAAGUGACUGUUGAGUACAGGUGGAAACAAUACAAACAGUCCGUUGGAACUCAGUAAAGGGUCACCACGACCGUCGAAUAGAGAUGAUAAAGGAAAAAGUACAGUAAUUUAGGGGUAACAAUUUCGAGACCUUGACAACUGACCGCUUAAUGCAGGGUGACCGCCCAAUACAGGUUCGACUGUACGUAGUUGUAUGCCUCAACGUAUUUGUGAAUCAAUGCGAUGCAAGUUCCAUGAAACCGCAAAUCGAGCGUUGGCAUUUCUAUGAAGUGUGUCAAGCUAGUAGUUAACCAUUAUGAUAUGAAUUGGUGGCAUAACCUAAUGAAAUCUUAGAGCCUUUGAAAUUGCUAAUCCUUACAUCAUACUUGAAGAAAAAAAAUGGGACGGUCGCUCAUUGUUAUGGUCAUUGUUGUAAUUAUUUAUUACCAUCAUUAUUACCUGAGGUUAGCCGCCAUAAUAAUAUUAAUAAUGAUAAUAAUUAUAGGUUAUUUCACGGUUGUUGAGCGCGUACGAUUUUUAUUCGCAAAUUGUGUAAAACAAACGAACGAGCGCAGCGAGUGAGUUGUUUUACACAACGAGUGAAUAAAAAUCGUACAAACGAACUAACCGUAAAAUAACUUAUUUAUUAUAUACAUACCGAGAUUCAUAAGCGAACAGAACUCAGAGAUAAACACAUUUUUAUUUUCUUUCAAAGGAAAGCAACGCGCGGUCAAGCCGCCGUUCGGGAGUUGCACUGAAGUGGCUUCCAUGUAAAAUACUUCUUUACAUCUAAAUUGUCUAGCGAAAAUGCCGUUAAAAGGCAGAACUAGGUAGAAUAAAUUAAGACAUCCUAAAAAUAUGUCGAAAUAGUUCUAUGGAAGUUCAAAAUUUGAAAUAAAGAAGUGAAAACCCGAGACUUAA